AUGAAAUAUAAUAUACAGUCUGAUGAUGAUAGUAUAAAUAAAGUUGUUGUAGCUGCUUUAGAAGAUUUGGAUAACACUUUUUUUGUCAAAUAUUCAAAUUCUGAAGACAAAGAAUUUAACUUUGUAUUAGAUAGUAAAUUAAUGUUUAAUAAUAAUAGUGAAUCAAUGUUUGAUAAUGAUAUUUUCUUAA